CCGGCACCAGUAGUGACGCAAGCGCCCUCAGUGGGAGGAGUUUGGGGUACUGUACUUCCUGUUUCAUCUCUAGCUAUCAGAAAGGAUGCCGGUAAAUCAUUAAUAAGAUACAACUCUUCUAACAAUGUGUGACAAGGCUGAAUCCUCAGAUCCUCUGGCUCAGAGUCCACAGGACAAGGCAACGGUGGAUCUGGACCAUCACCAUAAGCAUGUGGUUAGUCCUGCUUUGACCAGAAUCUAUAUGGACUAUAAUGCCACUACUCCAGUUGAUCCUGAAGUGGUCAGCGUGGUCACUGAGGCUUUAAAUGAAGCUUGGGGAAACCCCAGCAGCAUGUACCUGCCAGGCCUGAAAGCCAAAGACAUCAUUAACCAGUCACGAGAGAAUGUAGCUAGGAUGGUUGGAGGAAAGGCAACAGACAUCAUAUUUACAUCUGGUGGCACUGAGGCUAAUAACAUGGUGUUCCACUCAGCAAUGGAACACUUCCGGAAAAGCAGCAUGGUGGCUGACGGUGGACGAGAAGAAAAUUAUCAUCUUAAUGGCAAACGGAUCCGUCCUCACAUCAUCACAUCCAAUGUGGAGCAUGAUUCUGUUAAACUCGUGGCCGAACACCUGGUAAAAAUGGACAAGGCAGAUGUCACGUUCCUGCCUGUUUCCAGAGUAACUGGCCGGGUAGAGGUGGAGGACGUGAUGGCAGCACUGCGUCCCUCCACGUGCCUGGUGUCAGUCAUGCUGGCCAACAAUGAGACAGGCGCUAUUAUGCCAAUCAGGGAGAUUUGUCAGAGGGUGAAGGCAGCAAAAAGAUCAUCAUCUUCUCCCAGGAUUCUGCUGCACACAGACGCAGCACAGGCCAUUGGGAAGAUCCAUGUGGAUGCUCAAGAGCUUGGGGUGGAUUACCUUACAAUAGUGGGACAUAAGUUCUAUGCUCCUCGAAUUGGCGCCUUGUUUGUGAAAGGUCCUGGAACGAUGACCCCUCUUUACCCUUUGCUCUUUGGCGGAGGACAGGAGUGCAACUUUAGACCAGGGACUGAGAACACAGCAAUGAUUGCCGGUUUGGGGAAGGCUGCAGAAUUGGUGACGACAAACCUGGUGAAAGACGAGUCUCAUCUGUUGGAUAUCAGACUUUACCUGGAGCAGAGGCUGCUGGCUGUGUUUGGAAAAGAGAAGCUACGUUUUAACAGUCAUUUCCAUGGAACAGACACACUACCGAACACAUGCAAUGUGUCUAUUCUUGGACAAGGACUGCAUGGCCGCAGAGUGCUGUCCACAUGUAGGAGGUUACUGGCCAGCGUGGGCGCUGCCUGUCACUCAGACCACGGAGAUCAGCCUUCACAUAUUCUGUUGAACUGUGGAAUCCCAUACCAUGUAGCAAUCAAUGCUCUGAGGAUUAGUGUGGGUCGAGGGACAUCGCGGGAGGAUGUGGACAUUGUGAUAGAGGACCUCCGGGACACAGUGGAACAACUGGAGCAAAUGAAUUAGAGUCUGUUUUUCUUAGAGCACCCUUAGUGUUGGAGUUGUUGAACAACAGAAACUCAUGCUUUAGUAUCAUUAGCUUAAGAUACUGAUCAAAGCAAGGAAAUUGAUAAAUUAUGACUUAAGGGAUAGCGGUUAUUUUACAGGGCACCACAGUCUUGGGUGCACUGUAAAGGUACAAUGACAAGUUAUGCACCUAAAUGCACUUAUCUAAAGUACUGUUCCAGAGCUGGAUGUUUUAAGUGAAUUAUUUAUUACUAUUGUUAAUAUAUAUAUUCUUAAUAUAAACACAAUGGCUUUCAUGGAAGCAUUUCAGAGAUGGGUUGAUGGCUUUAAGCUUCAGAGAUAGCUUGCAUGUUGUAUUAGAGUAAAAAUGUCUACAGUGGAUAAAUGAAGCUGGAUUAUUAUUAUUAUUCUUAGCAUGUAGCAGGUGAUAUU